CAUUUUGCGUUGACGAAUAUUGACAGACGUCGGGUCCGUCUAGACAGCGACUCAUUUGUUAUACCGCCGCGGUGACAUGUAAACACGGAAUUUACGGGCCACGGGGAGAAUCCGCCACACUCAGCCACAUGGUUACGCGUACGUUUGCCGCGACCACGUUACGCGCGCUUUAAACACGACCGUUUCCGCAUAACCCUUAAUAUAUUAUUUUGAUUCGAGACGCCCGCACCGAUUUCGAUUAGUGUGUUGUUGUUGUUGUUGUUUAUUGUUGUCGCGGUUCCCGUUCGAGUUCUGUCUGUUGUUGUUGUUGUUGUUUUUGUGUGUGCGAUGGUUCCACGGCACGCUGCGUUAUAAUGUGAUGUUAUGGAUUGCGGGGUACAAAGCGCGAUGCUCAGCGUGCCACCGGUCGGCGAUGCCGGCAUCCAGCAGGCAAUCCCACCGACAGUGUUCGCGCCCCCCGACACCGACCAGGCGCAGUUCGAGGCCGACAAACGCGCCGUCUACAAACAUCCUUUGUUCCCCCUUCUGGCCCUCCUGUUCGAAAGAUGCGAGCUGGCGACGCAGUCGUCCGAUCCGCAAUCGAGCGACGCCUUCAACUUGGACAUACAGGCGUUCGUGCAGCACCAGGAGCGCGACCGCAAACCCUUCCUCGCCAACGAACCCGAAAUCGACGGACUUAUGAUUAAGGCGAUACAAGUGCUAAGGAUACAUCUACUCGAACUGGAGAAGGUGCAGGAACUGUGCAAGGAUUUUUGUAACAGAUACAUCACGUGUUUAAAGGGAAAAAUGCAGUCGGAAAAUUUGCUCAGGUCGGACUAUCCACAAGACGUUUUGGGAACCGGACUGAUGAACAACUUGGAGAGCAACAACAAUAACAGCAUGAUGAGCCACGGCAACUCGGAAAGCGGAUCAGAGUCGAAUAGUCCGCUUCAGUAUUCCAUCAGCCCCUCUCAGCCGGUGGUACCACCGGCCAACACGAUGCUCGAUCGUCCGCUGACCGAGACGGGGGCGUACACGAUGCCCGCGUACGCAUCGGGCGGCGGUCAAGCGGUGCCGCCAGUGGCUCCGCCCAGCCACUCGCCGCCCGACAACAUGGUCGUGCACGGUUCGACGCCGCUGUCGCAGAUCGGUGCCGGCAUAUGCGCGCAGGCGCAGGCCGCGCCCAGCGACUGUUCGGGGCCGCUGUCGCCGGCGCCCACGACGCCCGGCGGCUCCGCUGACGACUGCGACAGCGACUUCACGACGCGCGGCGGCAAGAAGCAGAAGCGGGGCGUGUUGCCGAAGCACGCGACCAGCGUGAUGCGGUCGUGGCUCUUCCAACACCUGGUGCAUCCGUACCCGACGGAGGACGAGAAAAGACACAUCGCCGCCCAGACGAACCUGACGCUGUUGCAGGUGAACAACUGGUUCAUUAACGCUAGGCGGCGCAUCCUGCAGCCGAUGCUGGACGCGAGCGCCCCCACUGACGGGGCGGGAGCCGCAGGCUCGCCGACGCACAAGAAAAAGAAGAGCCAGAACAACAAUCGACGGUUCUGGCCUCAGGAUUUUGCCAACAUGCAACCCCAACUUGACAGCGGAAUUUUGUCGAGUUCGGACGACGAGGGCGACUCGUACAGCAGCGACGGCGAGGAGGGCAGCUUGGUGAUAGAUUCCAACGCUCAAAGUGGUGAAGUUACCCAGAACGGCCACCAGUCCACCGACGGUUUAGGCUACACGAACAAUUCCGACGAGAACGGCCAAUAGAAACUGAACGUAUCUCACCCCGCCUCGUUUCAAACAGUCCUUAUUAUUAUUAUUAUUAUUUUAUUUAUUUUGUCAAUAUACGGGGGGACAGAAGCCCGACCAUUUUGAUUUAUUAUUUGUGGGCGUUGUUUUAUCUUUGUUAAUGUUGUUUUGUUAGUUGUUUUAGUUUUGUUUUCUAGGCGAGUGCAAUAUAAACGACAAAAUGGCCUAAACGAGUCUCGCGUUGGGAAACUGAUUCAUUCGACAUAAGGCUGAUUUAUUCGUCACGUGACUGUUUUUUCGUUUUUGUUUUAGUUCAUGGAAAACUGUAUACGUAAUAAUAUACCUCAAUUCAAAUGUAGCCGGACGCCAACUAAUUUGUAAGCCGUCCGGUUCCCAUUUUUCUUGUAUACGCAUAUGUCUUUUAUGCUCAUCAGUAUUACUAAAGUAUAUGUAUAAAAACAAAAACAAACGAAAUGUAAUUAUUAUAAAUAGGGCAAGAAAACUGUAAAGUUAUACAAUACACAAACGGACGGGCGGGCUUCAUAAACGAAUCUCGAUCAUUCCGGCUCUCUGUGUGACUUUACGGGGCCCGCCGACGUUCCGUUGUUUCAUCGCGCGUAUAAAAUUAAAUAAAAAAAUGUGCAGUAUUAGAUUUUAAGAUGUUAAAACCGAUGUGGCCCCGCCAAUUCUCGUCUCCCCCUUGUUUUUGUUUAAAUUAGUGCAAUAGCACCUCAUUCCUGUGUUUCGGUUGAGGUUUUUUAGUAUACGAAAGUCCAGUUACCGUUUAUGUUUAUUAUAGUUUUAUGAGACGGGGGCGGAGUGGCUGGCGGCGGCCGCGGUUGUAAAAUUAAAAGUAUACUACUUGGAACUCAUAUACGUAAAAAAUUAUACAAUAAAUAGUUAAGAUAUCUGAAAUUUCCAUCCAAUAUAAUUAUAUAUAUUAUAUAUUUAGAAUGUUGUUAGGGAUUAUGAUUCAUUUUUGAUUAACAAAAAGGGCGGCCCACGCGGUCGCCGCAGUAUACGUAAAGAAACAAGCACACACACACACACAACAACUAAAAAAAAAAAUGAACGAUCUUGUACAUAUAAAUUUAGAAUUUGCUGCAUUUUAGUUUUUAAGUGUGACGGUCUCCGUUCCGGUUUGGGUCCGGUCCGUAAGAUGCCAUAUAUAUCACCCAACCCCUCAUUCCGGUAACAAUGAAAUAAUAAAAAACAAAAAAACGGGACGGAGCUCGAGAUGUUAAUAGUUAAGUUGCAUUGUCGGUCUGUGAUAAAUUUUAAAACAAAAAAACAUAAACGAUUUGCUCGAAAACAUGAAGAAGCGUUUUUUUAGAGGAUGCAGCCUCGGUCACGUUUCCAACGUCCCCGAUUGGAUUUUCAGGGAGGCUGAAGCUUGAGGUUUUCCAAUAAAUUUUCUUGCUUCUCGUGAACUUGUAUACGCUGAUACUCAGUAUAGUUGUAAGUUUUUAGAUUUAAAAUAGGUACUUUUAAACAAACAAAAAACUAGUUUGGCAUAAGACGUUUUACUGGAUUUUCGGGGCGGACCGCGUUUAAUGUGGCUCCCGACUUUUCUUCGAUCCGGUCCGGCCCGGAAAGCUGCGCAAAGGCGAAUUUUUGAAGCAAGUAUUUUUUAUUGCAAUAUUUGUUAGUAAGGCUAUGUGUAACUCUAAUUGUAUGAUAAAAAAACAUGAACUGAUCA